AGCUCCAAGGAGAGCUGUGAACAACCCGAGUCCGGCUUGCCAGUGCGGGGUAUUUGGGACGCUCCACUCCCCCGUCAGGGGAGGGCGGGACGGUUUACGUCAGGUGGAAACAAAGGGUGGGGCAGGAGGAAGCGACAUUAUCCCGUGUGUACAGGCGUCUGUCCCGGCUGUGCUGAGGAGCUGGGAUUCAAGGUUCUUGGCAGCUGCUUCUGCUUCUACAAAGGUGGAAGAAGCAGCCCGGACUUCUCUGUUUUGCAGUCGGCUGAUCGCUGCUGUUGAGCACAUGACAGGAAAGCACGGAGGCUGCGGGGAGAAAGGGCAGAGCAAGUGAAGCAGAGCAGCCGAUGGGUUUCUGCUCCGUGUAACAGCACAGGCUCAGUAGUUUUAACAUAGACCAACACGUGGAUGAGAACCUUCAGACUCCCUCCAAAUAUUUUGAAUUAGAGAAGAAGAAAUGAAUCUUGCAAAGGAGAGUGGAACAUCCAGAGACAUAUAUGACUGGGACUAUGUUCUGUGGGAAGUUCGUUUGAAGUUACUAGCAGCUGGUUUUUUUAUCUACCUGGGAGUAUUUCUUCUAGCUCACUGGUUGUCGUCAUGGAUCAGUGCCAGUUAUCGCACUUUGUCAGGAAUGGAGAAGGCCUUCUGGAAUACGCAUAUGACACGUGGCCUGUUUGCAGUUCAGAGUUGUGGAGCUGGGUUGUGGGCCUUGUUCAUAGAUCCAGUUUUUCAAGCUGACCAAGUGUAUUCACAGCAAAAGUGGAGCUAUUUUCAUUGCUUAAUAGCCGCUGGCUACUUUUUGCUUGACAAUGUAGUUCUUCAUGUGUCUAAUAUUGUUUUCGGAAUUUUUGAUGUGGUCACAGUGCUUCAUCAUUUAUUUGCAUUUGGUGGGAUUUUUGUUGUGAUAGCAAACAUAACAUCUGGACACUAUCUAAUCCUGGUGGGACUGCUACUUGAGAUGAGUUCUCCUUCAACUUGCCUCUCCCAUGUGCUUUUAAAGACUGGCUAUGCUAACACCUUUUUGUGGAAGGCAAACCAAUGGAUACUGAUCCACAUGUUUCACUGCCGCAUGGUUCUUUCUUAUCACCUGUUGUGGGUGUGUAUUUCCAAUUGGAAUGAUGUGGUAGACAAUAUGGGACUUCCAUAUUUUAUUGUCUUUUUCAUGGGGUUAAGUAUAUUUACAUUAAGAAUUAAUCCAUACUGGACAUACAAAACAACUGAGAAGUUCUUCCUAUCUAACUUUGACAAUGGGAACUCUUCAAAUACAGCAGUGAAAAAUAAAUCUUCUGGUAAAUUAAAUAGUGAAACACUUCAGAAGAAGAUGAUAUAGUGCUGCAACAGCUGUUGGGUAACUGGAAAAUAUGUCCGGAAGAAUGUAACGCAGGUUUAAUUUAGUUUGAGCAUAAUGUAGUAAAAUCUCAUUCUGGGGGAAGUGGCAAGUUAGUGAUAGAAAGGCAAGGUAUGUAAAAUCUACAGAAUCAUAAUUUCAGUGGCAAGAGGGACUAACUGCCUACCCUCCCCCUCGCAUCCUUCAGCUGCCAUCUCUAAGUCCUCCAGCUGGUGGAAAUUUUGAUAAUAUAACUUUGUCAAAAAUGGGUCAAGUUAGGGCUUUUGAAUAAUAUCCUUCUCCCAUGAACAUAAUGGUGACAAACCUAAAACAAUUAUGUAUAUAUCUAUUUGAGAAAAUAUUGAAAUAUCAACUUCUUAAAAUUAUACUUUAACAGAGGGAUGCAUUGCUUAGCUGAAAAUUACAUUGAUCUUUGGCAAUCCUAGGGAGUUUAGCCUUGACAUUUAGGACUGAAAACAUUUAUUCAUCAAAGUCAUUAUCUGUGUGAUCUCCGUUUAGGGCGCCACUGCUAGACAUGUUGUCAUAUUGAUCAUCAUCCACAUCACACUCAUACAUCUCUAUUAAGGCAGAUGGCUAGCCACACAUUUGCAGAGUGGUGUCUUUACAUGAGCUUUUGAUUAGCUGAAGGAGUGCAUGGUAUUUUAUGCAUAAUUGUUGUGAUCGUUCCAUCCUCCAAGACCCAUCAGUGCCCGAUAGGCGAAGACAGUUUUGAAUGUGGUCAAUCAUUCCAGAGCCAUUCUAUUGCCUGCUAGUUUGCCCUCUUGAUAGUAGAUAUAAAUGCAUCCCUUGUCAAUGACAAUUAUUCUCUGUCUGCUGCUUGGAAAACAUCCACCAAUAUAGCUCUGCGAGUGUCAUAAUGUUGGUCUUCAAAUGGUAAACUAGGCAUAUGAAUGCCUUUAGUGCGUAUUUAUGACCUCAUCAGUGACUGUCUCAGCCAUUCUGAGCACCUUGAGAGCAAUGAGAGAGUCUCCGGAGGCUGAAUGAAAUGUCUUCCUGUAAGAUAAUUUGGUCUUUCCAGCCAUCCUUCCAGUACUGUCACAUUCAGAAAAGGUGUGACAACCUGGCAGUGAGGCUGUUGAACUCGCCUGUAAACACCCAUGUCAUUUUUAUUCAGUUCUGAAGAUGUAUUCCAGCUGCAAAAGGAAUGUUAACUGAACUGAGCAAUCCCUGGGUCUAGCAUGUAUGGCUGGCCAGUGACGCAUCAAAAGCCGCUACUAACACAUUUCGCUACCAACAUCAGUUUCUGGCACAUAUACUACUGUAUCCAAAUCUGCUACUUCACCCCUUGAUUUUGGCCAGUGAUAGUGAAUUAUGAAGAAUUGGGGGGGUCCCUUUGGCGUAAUUUGCUACCUCUGAUCUUUCAUGUCUGGUCAGGGUAGCUAACUGUGAUGGGGUGGGGUCAUUUGUUACAAUUUGCUGCCUCUCACCUUUCACAUCAUCUGAUUUGGGGUACCUUUCACAUCCUCUGGUCUGUAGGUAGCAAAUUGUAGUGGGGCAUCACCAUCCAUCACAAUUAGCUACCCGUGGACAAAGGUGAGAGGUAGCAAGCAAUGGUGCGUUUUGAUGUCCUGUUACAAUUUGCUACCAUUUUGCAAUUGCCAUUGUAAACAUAGACACAAAUAAAGAGGAAUUUUUCAAAAUUUAAAAAUGUUCUUGUAACCAGGUAUAUAAACAAGAACUGUUUACUUUCAGUUCCAAAUUUUUUUCAAAAACAAGCAUCAAAAUAUAUGUAUAGAUAGUUUUUGAUAGAUAGAUGUAUAGACACCUUUUUUCUAUACUCAAAUGAACAGUAAAAUUAAACUUCUCUAUUACUUGUUUAUAUUCCAGCUGUGUUAUUCCAAACACCAAAAUAUUUCUCUUUAUAUAAUUGUUUUGUUAACAUCUGAAUUAUGCAUACUUGUUGCACCUGUACUCUUUCUUCUCAUCAGUUAGGUUUUCUUUAUUAGUUCCCUCUGGAAGGCAAGGCAUAUGUCCCCUCCUCUUACAAGAGUCACACUGGACCUUUGGUAAGUACUAGAUGAGAAAAUGAAAUUACAGAACUAAUAAUAAUAAACAUAAUUUCUGUUUACUCAUAACAUUAUAAAAAGAUAUUCCUUCAAUAUAUAAUCAUUACUCAAGAUAUGACUAUCAGCAGUGGUGAAAAUGUUUGUUACUGGAAUUAUUACAAGAAUCCUGAUCCUAGGCUGGUUAUUACAUUAGGUCCGUAUGCAGUUGGCUAGAUGUUGGGCCAUGGCUUUUGUUCUUGUACUACAAACCACUGUAUUCUGCUUACUUACCAGUUCCAACAUACAGUAUGUGUUUCUCAUACAAUGUUGUGUUUCUUACCAUUGUGCAAUCUUCAUUUUCUUUUCUGCAAGUGACAAAGUUGCAGUAUAUGCUGUAUUCUAUGCACUCUGAAAAAUCAAUACAAUGUACCGUACUCAAAUGAUGAUUACGUUGUGACCAAAACUCUAAAUAGAAAUCUUGAUUUAUUCAUUUAUGCCAAUUAUUUCAAUUUAAAUAACUGGGGUUAUAUUUUAAGGUACACCAGUCUAUGUUUCUCAAAUUUUUACUUUACCGCUGGUGGAUAUAAUGAAAUCCAAUUACAUUUCACUGCUCUAUCAAUGGCAACCAUUAGACUCUGACAUACCCUAUGAUAUACCCCACUGUAGGUGUAUUAAGAUAACCUGUAUGUGACAUAAUUCCACUCUUCCUGUUAUCUUCUGAUAUACUAUGGGCUCAAAAGGUAUAUGUAACAAAGUUGUUACCUGACUCCUUUAUUAAAAGAAUUGCUAUUUUUCUUUUAAAUGUAAUCAGAGCCUCUUGUGUGGUUUCUACAGAACUUAUGUCUUUACGUUUCUACAAAGUAAUAACACUUCUAUUUAGA